AUGUCACGUAAUUCUGCAGCAGGUUUGGAAAACACUCUUUUCCAACUAAAGUUUACAUCAAAACAAUUACAAAAGCAAGCCAAUAAAGCCUCAAAGGAAGAAAAACAGGAAACUAAUAAGCUCAAACGUGCUCUUAAUGAAAAUGAAGAUAUAUCUCGUAUAUAUGCAUCCAAUGCUAUAAGAAAGAAAAAUGAAAGAUUACAACUGUUGAAGUUGGCAUCACGGGUGGAUUCGGUCGCAUCAAGGGUACAAACCGCCGUCACGAUGAGGCAGGUGUCAGCAUCAAUGGGGCAAGUUUGCAAAGGCAUGGAUAAGGCGUUACAGAAUAUGAACCUCCAACAGAUAACCAUGAUAAUGGACAAGUUCGAACAGCAAUUCGAAGAUUUGGACACCAGUGUUAACGUAUAUGAAGAUAUGGGUGUGAAUUCGGAUGCCAUGCUGGUGGACAACGAUAAGGUGGAUGAACUAAUGAGCAAAGUUGCUGACGAAAAUGGCAUGGAAUUGAAGCAAAGUGCAAAACUGGACAAUGUUCCGGAGAUAAAGGCGAAAGAGGUUAAUGUUGACGACGAAAAGGAAGACAAACUUGCACAAAGACUAAGAGCAUUGAGGGGCUGA